AUGUAUGCCUCGAUCUGCCUUUACUUCCACAGCCACUUAAGCUGGUUUUUCUCUUCCACUACACUGCAGGCUAGUCUAGUUAAAGUUGGGCAUCUGAAUGCGGAUACCUUCAUGGGCUUUCUGGCGGUGUCCUGUAUGUUCGCAGGGGCCGCAACCUCCGCAUUACAGGGAGGUAUGUUUGGGCUGGCGGGACUUCUGCCUGGAGUGUACACUCAAUCGCUCUUGCUUGGCCAGGCUCUGGCUGGUCUGAUAGUCGCAGGCCUAAACGUCCUGUUCUUAAGGGGGGGCGUUGACCUAGGCUUUAAUCCGGCCUUUGUGUACUUUAUCACAUCCUGCAUUGUCGCCUUUUUCGCGCUCUUUGCCUUCGUGUGGGUGGUGCGCACGCCUGUCAUGAAGUACUACGCCCAGCACGAUACGGUUGAGUCAUCACCUGCCAAGCCAAAGGAGUACGAGAUCAGGCGCACAUUCGACGCCAUUUACGACCAGCUGCUCAUUGUGGGCUAUAACUUCUUCAUCACCCUUUUGGUCUUCCCGUCGCUCACGUCUAAGAUCAUUGACCACAACCAGUGGCUGGUCCAGGCAGACGGCACCAACCUCUUCGUCCCCGUGUUCACUUUCCUGCUAUUCAAUCUGGGCGACGUAGUAGGACGAACCCUGUCGGCCUAUGGCAACUUGUUCACAGCCUACAACCUCCGCUAUGCCGUGCUUGUGCGCACACUGUUUGUACCAGCAUUCCUGCUAUGCGAUGUCAAGUUUAGCAUCGUGUCUGCCGUCCUAUUCAACAGUGAUCUGUGGUACAUACUGUUCAUGAUCCUGUUCUCGGUGUCCAGUGGUUACCUUGGAGCGCAGUGCAUGAUGUUUGGACCUCAGUGUGCCGAUGUUCGGGACAGGGAGUGUGCGGGUACUAUGAUGGCCUUCUCGCUGACCAUUGGGUUGCUGAUAGGUUCGUGGUUGUCGUUCCUUCUCAUCGCUGACUAGGCGACUGCCGAGGCGUGAGGAUGAGAUAGUGUGGGAGAAGGUCUGGCUGGUUUACUAGCUGCUCAGCAGGACAUUACUUAGAAGUACGGCUGGGGUGGGUGGUGUGUGAAAAGGGUAGCCCCCGUUACUAGUUGGUUUUUAGGUGAGGAGAGUGACACAGCAUCUGCACUUGUGGGGAGGCAAAAUUUAGAAUGGAAUUUAGUUUACAGUUGUUUUGUAAAGGAAGAAACGAAUAAUAAAAUUUAGCACUAUGUAGUGGAAUUCGGAU